AAACGGGACUAUAAAUUCUCCCACUCUUUCUCACUGGGACAUUUUAACAGUCUCUGUAAGCGAGAUCUUGUGGUGGAUGCAGUCCAUAAUGGGGGUGACAGGGGGUUUGUUGUUGCUCUGUAUUUUGCUGAUUUUUACAGGAAGCACUUCAGGGACACUUGUCACCAGCUGUGAUUCAUGUCAUGAAGGAGCCAGCUGCCUAGAGUCCCGAGAAAGAGGCGACUCCCUCACCAGCCACGCGCUCUCUUGCGUCUGUAAAGAUGGCUUUGUAGGCGAUGGUCUCACCUGUUACGACACAAAACUCUGCAGUGACUCGUCAUGCUGUAGCCGAGGUUAUCACUGGUCACCAGACAGGGGCUGUGUGGACACCGACGAGUGCUCCCUCCCAGACUCACCCUGCAACCCAUCUCAGGUUUGUCAAAACACCCCGGGCUACUUCAAUUGCCUGGAGCCUUCCUCAAGGACCAGAAUGGGACCUUCUUCCCAAUUUGUCCAGUUCAGCUGUGGACCCACGGUUUGUCCUUCAGGCAUGGACUGCAUCAGUAGCAAUGGGACUAUGCGCUGUGCUGACCCCUGUGAGCACUACACCGUGCUGAAUGAUACGUGGCGUUCGACGGAUAACACAUUGAUUGAGACCAGGUGUGACUCCGGUAUUCAGUGGCAAGGCUGGUAUCGCCUCUUUCUGGGGCAAGCCAGUGCUCAUAUUCCUGAGAGGUGUGUAGGAACAAAUAGGUGUGGAACCUCUGCUACCAUGUGGAUAACAGAGCCUCACCCCACAAGCUCAGAUGAAAUUGUCAGUCGCACUGUGUGUAAUAACUGGGUUAGCAGCUGCUGCCAAUUUAGCUCACACACCAUCCAUGUCAAGCUCUGCCCUGGAGACUACUAUGUCUACAAACUUGUGAGGCCAUCCGCUUGCAACCUUGCAUACUGUGCAGAGUCGAACAGAACAGGCCCUUCAGUUUUACCAACUACACCUGAUCCUACACCAGCGUACUUCAACACCACUACAACUCCAACUCCAACUAACAUCACUGGCACAACAACAGCAGGCAACAGCUCAGCAGCUGAGGGGGAGGUCCGCCUGGCCAAUGGAGGAAACAACUCCUGCUCUGGCAGAGUAGAGAUCUUCCACCAUGGACAAUGGGGGACGGUGUGUGACGACUUCUGGGACAUGGUGGAUGCUCAGGUCGUGUGCAGACAGCUGGGCUGUGGCAGUGUGCUGUCAGCGCCACAUGGGGCACGCUUUGGACAGGGCACAGGUCCCAUCUGGUUGGAUGAUGUUGCGUGCAGAGGCAGCGAAUCAAAGCUCAGCCUGUGCAGACACGGAGGUUUUGGAUUUCACAACUGUCAACACAGUGAGGAUGCUGGUGUCGUCUGUGAAGCUGGUUCACCAGUGAGGCUGGUCAACUCUGACAACCGCUGCUCUGGCAGAGUGGAGGUUUACCAUGAAGGACAGUGGGGGACAGUGUGUGACGAUGGCUGGGACCUAACUGACGCCAACGUGGUGUGUAGACAGCUGGACUGCGGCACUGCUCGUUCAGCACUAAGUAAUGCAGCUUUCGGACAGGGCAGCGGACCCAUCUGGUUGGACGAUGUCAAUUGUUCUGGAAAUGAACCAUCGAUAACAGACUGCAGACAUCGAGGGUUUGGGGUCCAUGACUGUAGUCACCCAGAAGACGCCAGUGUCGUCUGUGAAUUUCAGAGCCCUCCAUCCCAGCCUUCUCAGCUCAUUUGUGGCCUUGAUAAGCUCCAGGUGGGGCUGGAUCUGGCUGGCUUCACAUCUUCUGGUUUGAACCCAUUCUCUGGGAACAUGGCUGCCCUCAACUGCUCCUGGGUCAGAGUGCGCAAUGACGUAGUGUGGUAUGAAGUGGAGGCCACGGCAGAUGCCUGUGGAAACACAUUGAGGACCAACGGCACACAUGCCAUCUACUCCAAUAGUUUAUUCAUCUACCCAACAAACAACUCGUCCUUCAUGCUUCCUGUGAGUCUUCCCUUCUCCUGCGCGUAUCCCCUGGACACAGACACCAGCCUGAACAUGGCUAUCAGACCAUUCCUUGGGCUGGAUGGUGGCAUUUCAAGCUCUGGUCCCAAAGCCAGAGCCUCGAUGUUUCUGUUCCGCAACUCCAACUACACAGACACUUAUCCAGCAGGCGUGGUCACUCUGCCAGUGGGCUCGCCGUUGUACGUGGGCGUCUCUGUGGAGGAGAGAGAUCCUAGGUUUGCAGUAGUUCUGGAGGACUGCUACGCAACUCACUCAUCAAACCCUGACGAUUCCACACAAUACCCUCUCAUCCAGAACAAGUGUCCCACUGACCGCCAACAGGUGUCAGUGAUUGAGAGCGGCUCGUCCCUCCAGGCUCGUUUCUCGGCCCUGUUGUUCCUGUUCCAGAAUGAAUAUACAAAUGUUUACCUUCAUUGCAGCCUCAGCCUGUGUGACCAGAGGAGCUCCAAUUGUGUUCCACCUUGCACAAGUAGGACCUAUCGCUCGGUUUCCAACUCUGACCCUCUGAGUACCCUCACCAUCGGACCAAUCAUUUGGGACAAGUCGCCGGAGUGAGCUGGUAACAUACAGUAAUAAAACAAACACAUCCUUAUUUGGAAAUUAUUAUGUUUUAAGAUCUUUUUUUAUCCCUACCACAUAAGAUAGAAAGAACUGGUGUUAGUGUAUUGCAUAAUACAUCUUACCACACUUUGUAUCAUUCCUCAAUUCUAUUACCUUUGUAAUUGUUGUACUAUUAAAUAACAAUCAAAAAGAAACUACAGGGGUUAGAAUGAAAUUGACAGUAUCAAUAUUUUUUCUUCUUCUCUUUGUGUAUUACCAGUACAGUCCUGAAGUGAAUAUCAUUAAUGUGGGCUUUAUGCUUUAAGUUUGCUUUGCUUUUUUAUAAAGAUUUUUUUAAUUUGUUGUUUUGGCUUUGUUUCUUUUUACACAAAAGCAU